AUGUCGAGAACUAAGAACAAGAAGCCCGGUCUCAGGGCGCAGCUCAAGCGGAAGCGUGAGCUGGAGGGAUCUGGUGACGUCGACGGCAAGUCUGCGAAACGCCUACGACACUCUCCGCAACCUGCAGAACAGCCUGCCUCCAGCCCGAAAUCUGAACAUCAGUCUGCACAAGAUGGCAAGACUGCGAAACAACCUUCCAAGCUUACGAGCGCGAAAGCAGCCAAGACCCCACGAGAACUUCCUUCAGCUCAGGACGCUGUCGCCGAUCCAGCUCUGCUUGCCGAUCGCUUUGCGAAAUAUAUUCAAAAGUACUCUCCAAAUAGCAGCCCUAUCGAACUAGAAGAACAAUACCUGCCAACAAAAGCCUUCCUCGACACGACUGUUUACGACAGAGACCGUGUCGCUGCUAAUCUUCCGCAGUUCAUCGAGCGCUUCUCACCCGAAGGCAAGGUUGGUCUGUCGAACUGCGAUGAUAAAGCUUCUCCUCAUACACUGGUCGUUACAUCCUCCGGUAUCCGCACGGCAGACCUCUAUCGAGAACUUCGAGUCUUCCAGAACGAGGAGUCCAAAGUUGGGAAGCUGAUUGCGAAGCACAUGAAACUGCGGGACAACAUCGAAUACAUGCUGGGAAACAAGAUUGGCAUCGCUAUUUCAACCCCGUUCAGAUUCAAGCAGUUGGUGGAUGCAGAUGCCCUGAAGACCGGAAAGCUGCGCCGCAUUGUGGUUGACGGUUCAUUUCGCGACGAGAAGAACAACACGAUCUUUACGAUGCCUCAGACUUUCAACCCGCUAGUAGUCUUACUCAACGAGAAAACCAUUCGCCAGCGAUACGGUGAAGGGAAAGGCAACAUCGACAUUCUGGUGUUCUAA